AUGGACGGGGACACUGCGGAACCCGGAGAUGACGGCUCCGCCAGCCUCAGCAUCCAGCUCGACCUGGGGGACACUGAUUCAGCCAGGAGGGCUCAGACAACAGAGAUGCCGUCCCCGUUCGGAGCGGGCCUAGCCAACGAGAGGAAGAUCGGCCACAGGAGAGUCGACGCCUCUGGAGAGACCUCGUACAAGAAGACCUCCUCCUCUGCCUUGAAAGGGGCCAUCCAGCUGGGUAUUGGCUACACCGUUGGCAACCUCAGCUCCAAGCCUGAGAGAGACGUGCUGAUGCAGGACUUCUACGUGGUCGAAAGCAUCUUCUUCCCCAACGAAGGCAGCAACCUCACACCCGCCCACCACUACCUAGACUUCAGGUUUAAAACCUACGCUCCUGUUGCCUUCCGCUACUUCAGAGAGCUGUUUGGGAUCCGACCUGAUGACUACCUGUAUUCUCUGUGUAAUGAGCCGUUGAUCGAGCUGACGAAUCCAGGAGCUAGUGGCUCCAUAUUUUACGUCACCCGUGAUGACGAGUUUAUCGUUAAAACCGUGCAGCACAAGGAGGCUGAGUUUCUACAGAAGCUGCUCCCUGGUUACUAUAUGAACCUGAACCAGAACCCCCGGACUUUGCUGCCAAAGUUUUUUGGGCUCUAUUGCGUCCAGUGUGGGGGGAAGAACAUCCGAGUUGUCGUGAUGAACAACAUUUUACCACGCUCCGUACGCAUGCACCUCAAGUUCGACCUGAAGGGCUCGACGUACAAGAGGCGAGCUUCCAAGAAGGAGAGAGAGAAGUCCAAACCUACUUUCAAAGACCUGGACUUUCUGUGCGACGUUCCUGAAGGUCUCAUCAUGGACCAAGACACAUACAGUGCUCUGGUCAAAACGCUACAGAGAGACUGUCUGGUCCUGGAGAGUUUUAAGAUCAUGGACUACAGUUUGCUGCUCGGUGUCCACAAUAAGACCCAAGCAGAGAGAGAGUAUCAGUCCCAGGGUUCGCCUGCGGACGGGGGGGAUGAGAAGAAGCCGGCGGCCCAGAGAGCCCUGUACUCCACUGCUAUGGAGUCUAUACAGGGAGGCUCCACAUGCAGGGAUACACUGGACCAUGACGACACUAUGGGAGGCAUUCCAGCCGUCGGUGGUAAGGGAGAGCGCCUCCUGCUGUUCAUCGGGAUUAUUGAUAUUCUGCAGUCCUACAGACUGAUUAAGAAACUGGAGCACUCCUGGAAGUCGCUCAUCCAUGAUGGGGACACAGUGUCGGUCCACAGACCUUGUUUCUAUGCUGAGAGGUUCUUCAAAUUCUGCAGCACCGUUGUGUUCAAGAAGAGCAGCUCAUUGCGAUCCUCUCCAUCUAAGAGGGGCCGAGGGGCUCUCUCCAUGUCCAAGUCCAAUGCAGGAACCGGCUCAACUGGACAGAGACCCUCAGUGAGCGACGAGAGGCAGGAGAACCUGGACAACCUGGAGAACCUGGACAACCUGGAGAACCUGCGCGGAGCUCACAGCUUCCCCAUGCUGGAGGACAACGGGAGAGAACCACCCUGCACUCCGCCGUCUUUUGAAGAUGCCACCACUGCGUCUAUUGCGACCACGCUUUCUUCCAACAACUCCUUACCCACCACCCCCUACGAUACUCCGGAGCACCCCCGCUACAGGAGGCAGCUGCACUCACCGAGUGUGGUCAGGUCACAAAAAGAGGUGGUUGAGGUUCAUGGGGAAAAGCAGGACACCAUAACAGUGGAGGUGGAGUUAAGUAAAAUCCCCCAGAGCACGGAGCUCACCCAGAUGACAGAGAUGACCUCUCCCAGCCACCUGUCACUGGAUCAUCAGCCCGGCGCCUUCGCUCCCUCCACCCCUCCCUCUCUCAGUCCGUCCACAGCACAUUCCUCCUCUACCCUUCCUCCUUGCUCCGUUUCUUCCUCCUCCGCUGUGCAAGCCACCGGGAGGUCUUCCUCCACCACGUUCUCCUCAUCCAUCUGUCCGUCCACCAAACCACUCACCUCUCCCACGGCUGCUCAGGCUUCCACUCCCUCUCCUCUGUUCUCUCCCUCAGCCGCACCAUCCACACGUCCCACCUCGGCCAACGCCUCCACGCUCCCUCCCGCCUCGGCAUUUACUCCCAUCUGCCCCGCGUCUUCCUACUCACCCCCCCAAAGCUCCUCUCACCCUCUCCCCUCGACACCUCCCUCCUCGGUCCCUCCGAGCCCCCAGGUGCCUCGGCGGGAGCCGCGCACGUCGUGCAAUCAGCUGUCCUUGUCCAGCAGCCACAACUCUUUGGAUGGAGAGGUGCAGGUGUCCGACAUCUAUUUUUACGCAGACGGCAGAUACUGGGUGUACUCCCCAGUGCUUGGCCGUCGUAAGCUAAACUCUAGCUUGAGUUACAGGCAGACUCAGGAGGAUCGGAGCUGGGUGUACUCUCCUCUGCACAGCUCAGCAACCAGAAGGGGCUCAGAUGGGGAGAGUGAGACAUAACUCAAGGUGGAGACGCCAGUGACAGGAGCUGAGAGGUUUAAUAAUAAAGGCGCCAGGACUCGAU